UCUUGAAACCUUGGAAGAUAAUCUUGAUUUAGAUCUUUGGAAUUUAUGUGCAGAAGCGGAAGCAUUUUUCGAGAUUCUAGAACUUUUGAACUCAAUUGGAAGUAAAAUUGGUGCAGUGGCAGAGAAAAUUGAUGAUAUGCGGAAUAUUGUUCUCUCUUCUGUACGAUUUUCUGAUCCGUCAAAAAGAGUCGAUCGCUUGAUCAAAGAUUACAAAAAUUACAAAGAUCAUUUUGAAACAGGAUUGAAGAUUCAACAAAUAUUGGAUGAAGUAUAUGAUUCAUUGAUGAACAGGGUUAAAAGGCUGAUGAGAUUGCGCUCAAUUCACUACGAUGUAAAGAUGAUAAAGGCGAUAGGAUUCUUUUCUCAAUUGUUUGGUUACACAUAA